AACACCACAAUGUCCAAUAUUCACGAAGUGACACAAAAGGAUUUACACGAUUUGUUAGAAAUUUUCGAAAGAAAAUCCUUCGAAGCUGGACCAUGUGAGGAAGGUACAUUGGAAGAAGAAAUAACGAAAAAAUGUGAAUUCCUAUUUAAACAAGACUAUUCCCUAAUCGAACUUGAAAAUACAAAUGGUAUCCUAAGUCCACGAUAUCCGGGUCGUAUAUUUAUACCGGAAUAUGAACACAAUCGGCACAGCAGUAUGGCAUCAACGAUUACCGCCAAUAAUACGAAUAUAUUCUCACAACAUAACAAUGCAAUACCACCACAGAAUAGCAGCCUAAAUGGAUUCCAUUAUCCGUCGCCGCCGCCUCCAUCGUCGCAGCAUCAUAAUACCACCAGCAGUAAUGGUUCCAUGUCGUCAACGUUAUCGUCUUCUUCAUCGACGGCGACAGCUCUCAAUAUGGGAACAACCAAUAACGGUAUACAUGCCUUUGUGACAUUUGCCAAUGGUGCAAUGUCACAAACUACAACCAAUAAUGGGGUUUCCAGCAAUCCAACACAACCACCACCACCUCUGGCACAUCCGUAUUUUCCAACCCAAAUGCAAUAUCCUCAACAGCAUCACCAUCUUAUGCAGACUGCGACGGCAACAACAACUGGCACAACUAAUUUGACCAUCUACGAAGAUUUGUAUGACGUCAAUAAGAUACGUGAACUCAUCACUAUGGCCAAAUAUGCACGAUGUCGUCAACGUUUUGCCGUCCCAGUCAUUAUGUAUCGCGGCAAAUAUAUUUGUCGAUCGGCCACCAUAUCCGUAAUGCCCGAAACAUAUGGACGCAAGGUGGUCGACUAUGCCUAUGACUGUUUGAACGGCACCAACUACAGUGAUCGGGGGAAUCAUAUUGUCGACGAUGAGAACAACGAUAACAAUGAAGAUUCUUUGAUGAAUCAUGCCUUGAAUGAAUCUUCGCCAUUCUCGUACGAUGAAGUGAUUAAGAGUGACAUCCAGCUGUUGAAUGCACUGAAUGUGUCGACAAUAGUCGAUUUGAUGGUGGAGAAAAGGAAAAUCAAAUAUUUUAUGGCCGUCUCAUCAUCGGAAAAAGCUGAUCCCGAAAAUCAUUACGAAGAAUUCAAUAUAUUAUCGCUACCCUAUCCCGGCUGUGAAUUCUUUAAGAAAUUUCGUGACAAUAAUUAUAUGGCGAAAAAUCUCUACUACAAUUGGAAACAAUCGUUUAAUGAUGCCAUUAUCAGUGUACCGAAAAUUGGUCCUACAGCUGAUUUGAAUAUUAACUGGAAUGACUAUAAACAAUGGGAUUUGGUGCAAAUAACACAAAAUUAUCUAAAGGCCUGCCUCAAAUAUAUCCAGGAAGAAAAUUCCGGUCUCCUAAUACACUGUAUCAGUGGCUGGGAUCGUACACCGUUAUUUAUAUCACUUGUCCGGCUGUCGUUGUGGGCCGACGGUCUAAUACAUCAGAAUUUAAAUGCGCUACAGAUGGCGUAUUUAACAUUGGCCUAUGACUGGUAUUUGUUUGGCCAUCAGCUACCCGAUCGCCUGAAAAGGGGUGAAGAUAUAAUGUUCUUUUGUUUUCAUGUGCUUAAAUAUAUAACCGAUGAAGAAUUUAGUAUUGUAGAACAUAGGAAACGUACGAAAACCUCCAGUAGUAGCGGUAGUAGUGUUAUUGUUAUUAAGUCUGAUUGCUGUGAUGAUGAACCACUUAAAGAAGACUUUAUCUUAGGUUACGAUCAAGACAGCAAUGAUAGUUUUUCCAAUAGUUCCAACUGUGAUAUGUCCAUAACGGAUAAUUUUUAUGCAACAACAACGACGACGACGACAGCAGCAAUGCCAAACUCCGCCUCAGUAACAGCACAACAACAAAUGGUUAUGAAUCCUUUAACAAGUCGUUCGCCGAAUCCUAAACGAUCAAAAACUAGUCCUAUAUCAGUGCCAGGCGUUAGUGCGACACGUCAACGUCAAGAGUCCACAUCAUCAAACGGUAGCUGGCAAGUUGUUACCGAUACGGGAUCUAUUGAUUCCAUGAUGAAUGGCAGUUAUAUGAUGCAUUUUAUAUCACAACAACAACACCAACAACAGCAGCCGGAUAAUAUCUCAAUUACGUCGGGUAACAGUGGUCAUUAUGUAAUGAUGGGGGGUAACGGUGGGUGUACGCCGGGCAAUGGUUACAAUAACAGCUGUCAUUCGAAUACGCCCAGCAAUGGCAGUAAUGCCAGUUUAAGUAGUAACGGUAUAAAUAAUGGUGGUGCACUUAAUUUCCUAACUAAUGGCAGUGGUGGUAUCAACAACGAUAAGGACCUGCUGCUGAACGGAUCGAGUAAAACGUCAACAAUAAUGCGUAAAAAACGUUUAAAUGCCGUUCGUGCGAUUUUCAUACAGGCGUAUGGAAAAACUGUUGGCCUCAAGUUUAAAGAAGGCUCUGCCAUGAACUUAGCCACAUUUAUAGGUACUUUAGCCGAUCAAUUGUUUUAG